AGCAAAAGCAAAUCAGGCAGCGGUGUGUGGUUGCAGGUGUUUUUACUGAGCACGAAGAGUUUUAUCACACAAAGCGCUGUUUGUGUACCUGAACAUUCGUGGAUUAAGGCUUGUUUGUGGACAGUUUGUUGUUUUAAAGAAGAUAAACAUGAAUUUGGGGAUCCGCAUUUCUCUGUUUCUGCUGGUUUGUGGUUUGAGCUCGACCUUGGCGCAGUCUAACAUAACUUGUGAGAGCAAAAGCAAGACAAGCUGCGAGGAAUGUUUGGCUAAUGUUUCGUGUCUGUGGUGUAUAAAGACCGAGUCAUGUUUGACAUACCCUUACAGUACUAUCCUGCCUCCCAACUCUCUGUGCCCGCUGAAAGAUGCCCGCUGGGGACAGUGCAUGAUAAACUUCCAGACUCUGAUCAUUACGCUGUCUGUGUUUGGCGCAGUCAUCAUCAUCGCCUUCUUUAUCUGCCUCUUCUGUUGCUGCAAGUGUGAGAACUGUGGAAACUCCAUCCAAGAGCGCAAGAUGCAGCGGAAGGCAGAAAAGAAGACAUCUGCACAAGAGCAGCGGAGAGCUGAGAUGAUGGCUAGACAUGAUGAAAUUAGGCAGAAAUAUGGUCUCAGCAGAGGCAGCGCUUAUGCCAAGUUUGACAAUUCUGCUUAAAAAAAAAAACCCAGUGUUCCACAUCUUGCCCUUGAGCCCUCAAAGCAAUCACUGAACCUUUCCUGGCUUCUCCUUCAACCCAUUGCUGCACUUUAAUGAUGAUUUCCUUUAACUGAUUUCUGAUUGCUCAAUAGCACAGCUUGCUGGACGAUGCUAACUUCUGAACUUCUUCUCAAUGUUCACUCCAUACAAGCUUACUGGAAACCUUAGAAUUUAUUUAUGCCGGUCACAAUGAAAGUCAUGUUUUUAAUAUAAAAAAUGAAGACUGUAGUACUGUUGUCAUUUAACUGUUACUUGCAAACAAAUAGAACAAAAGGAAUUAAAUUCUUUUUAUACAAAUA